UCCUUUUCCUCUAUUCAAUAAUCAUUAGACAAGACCCACUCUUUUUUUUUUUUUUUCCUUCUUUUUUUUCCCAUCUUUGUGGUGGGAAAGCUAAUUCUUUCAUUUGGGUUUUGGUCAUUUGAACGACCAAGAAACCUUUUCAUAUUACCAUAAAGGUGGAAACCAAAGAAGAAGAAAAAAUUAAAAAGAAUGGUCAAUAAGGUGAUCUUGCCUGGGAUAUCGCUUAUUCUUGUUGUUGGUGUAGCACUUGCUGUUGUUGCAAUAGUUCACAGCAACAAGAGUUCUGAUGCUGCAACAGAGGAUUUAUCCCCAAAAAUGAAGGCAGUUUCGACCAUUUGUGCUAAUGCUAAUUAUCAACAGGAAUGUCAAAAUACACUUAGCAAUGCUGCUCAUAAUGCCUCAUCAGAUGACCCAAAAGAGUAUGUUAGAGCAGCAAUUCUUUCCACUAUUGAAGAGGUUAAGAAGGGGUAUAAUUUGACCGAUGGAUUCAUGAUUGAGGCUGCUAACAAUCGUAGCAUUAAAAUGGGUGUUGAGGAUUGCAGGGACUUGUUGCAAUUUGCUAUUGAUCAGUUGCAAGCAUCUUACUCUACUGUUGGUGAACCUGAUUUGCAUACCAAUGCCGAUCGUGUCGCAGAUAUCAAGAAUUGGCUAACCUCUGUUAUUUCUUAUCAACAAUCUUGUCUUGAUGGACUUGAAGAAUUUGAUCCUCAGCUUAAACAGAAGAUGCAAGAUGGUCUUUCUGAUGCUGGCAAACUUACUAGUAAUGCUCUUGCUAUUGUUGAUGCUGUUUCUGAUAUUCUUGCAAGCUUUGGCUUGCAAUUGAAGGCUCAACCAAGCGGUCGCAGGCUUCUUGGAACAACAGAGGUAGGGAAAGAUGGAUACCCGACAUGGUUGACUGGGGCAGACAGGAAGUUGCUCGCAUCAAGAGGAGGAGGCGCUAAAGUGAAACCAAACGCAGUGGUGGCUAAGGACGGUAGCGGACAGUUCAAAACCAUUUCUGCUGCAUUGGCUGCAUAUCCAAAGGCCUUAAGAGGAAGAUAUGUAAUCUACGUGAAAGCAGGGAUCUACAAUGAAUAUGUCCAUAUCACUAAAGACAUGAAAAACAUUUUCAUGUAUGGAGAUGGCCCAAAGAAAACCAUUGUCACCGGUAACAAGAGCAACCGUGGUGGCUUCACCACCCAAGACACUGCCACUUUCAUUGCCAUUGGAGAAGGAUUCCUUUGCAAAUCGAUGGGAUUCCAAAACACAGCCGGUCCUGAAGGCCACCAAGCAGUAGCUCUUAGAGUCCAAUCCGACAGAUCUGCCUUCUUUAAUUGUAGAAUGGAUGGCUACCAAGACACUCUCUACGUACAAACUCAACGUCAAUUCUACCGUAACUGUGUCAUAUCCGGCACUGUCGAUUUCAUCUUUGGCGAUUCAACCACCAUCAUCCAAAACUCCUUGAUCAUCGUUCGUCGCCCCAUGGACAACCAACAGAACACCGUCACAGCCAACGGUCGCGCAGAUCCCAAGGAAGUCUCAGGCUUGGUGAUCCACAACUGCAGAAUCGUCCCAGAACAGAAGCUAUUCGCUGAGAGGUUCAAGAUUCCAACAUUCUUGGGGCGACCAUGGAAGCAAUAUGCAAGAACUGUGAUCAUGGAGUCUACAUUGGGUGACUUCAUUCAGCCAGUUGGAUACAUGCCCUGGUCUGGAAAUUUUGCACUGGAGACUUGUUUGUAUUUGGAGUAUGGAAACAGAGGACCUGGUGCUGUCACCAAUAGGAGAGUGAGAUGGAAGGGUGUUAAAGUGAUUGGAAGAAAUGAAGCCAUGCAGUUCACUGCUGGACCUUUUCUUCAAGGAAGAGCUUGGCUUCCAACCACUGGUGGCCCCUAUCUAUUGGGAUUGAAAAGCUAGAAGAAAGAAUUGUGUUUGUUUGAUGACGAAUGUAAUAUAAUUUAUUUGUUCAUUCCCCAUUCUACAUCAAUUUAUUGCCUUAGAUUUGAGAAGCAACUCCAAUGGCCUUAAAAUGGUUACAACUUUCAGAAAGGUGUGCAUUAUGUAAUGAGGAGGUUUAGCAACGUAUAUAACAUUCUUUUUACCAUUUUUUAA